AUGACGACGGUUCGUAUCGUUCUUGAGAUUGCAUCCGCAAAGAAUUGGGAACUGUUCCAAAUGGACGUUCACAACGCCUUCUUACACAGUGAUUUAGAGGAGGAAGUCUACAUGAAAUUGCCACCGGGUUUCUCGACUGUUGAUGAUAAACGUGUUUGUCGCUUAAAGAAAUCAAUUUACGGUCUUCGUCAAGCACCGCAUUGUUGGUUUGCAAAGCUGUCCAAAGCUCUUCUUGAGUUUGGUUUCACACAAAACCAUAAAGAUUACUCUCUGUUCACUUUAGUUCGUGGAGGUAAAACGCUCUUUGUCUUGGUCUAUGUUGAUGAUUUGAUAGUUGGUGGUGAUAAUUCUGUUUUGAUUUCAAGCUUCAAAGCUUAUUUGAAUCGAUGCUUUCAUAUGAAAGACUUGGGCGUGUUGAGAUAUUUUUUGGGUAUUGAAGUUACUCGAGGAAAAGACGGUAUUUAUUUGUCUCAAAAGAAGUAUGCAUUGGACAUUGUGACGGAGUGUGGUCUUCUCGGAUCAAAGCCAGCUGGUACACCAAUGGAGCAAAACCACACAUUGGCUCAUGGAGAUGGUCCGUUUUUUACUGAACCGACACGUUACCGCUGGCUGGUAGGCCGACUUGUGUAUUUGGCUGUUACAAAACCAGAGAUCAGCUACGCUGUUCAUAUUUUGGCGCAGUUUUUGCAGCAGCCUCGUCAAAAGCAUUGGGAUGCGGCUCUCCGUUUAGUCAGAUAUUUAAAGGGUUCUCCUGGUCGAGGAAUUCUUCUGAGUGCUGCUAGUGAUCUACAGAUUACUGCUUACUGUGAUUCUGAUUAUAAUGCUUGUCCUAUUACUCGUAGAUCAAUAACUGGUUAUCUUGUUAUGUUGGGCGAUUCCAUUGUUGCUUGGAAGACGAAGAAACAGAAAACGGUUUCUCGAUCGUCCGCGGAAGCUGAAUAUCGCUCAAUGGCGAUGACUUUGAGUGAGCUAAAAUGGACAAAGGAGCUCUUGGCAGCUUUUCAUAUUCGACAAAAGGAAUCGAUGUAUCUCUUUUGCGAUAGUAAGGCAACAAUUCAUAUCGCCGCAAAUCCAGUGUUUCACGAGCGAACUUAA